GUGAGUGUCAACAAGGCAGCAGCAUUAUGGACACAGUCUCUUGGCUAUUACUUUAGUUUUUCUCUUAUAAAUUGAGUUUAAUAGCAUCUAGUGUGGUGUAAUUACUAGAAGAGUGUACAGACUGUAGUAUGAUGGCUGACAGAGAGAAAUUUGAGAAGUAUGAACAUUUUGUGAAUAAUGUUUUGAGGGAAGACUUGAGGAGCGUGCUAGAGGACCGUGACAAGUUGUUCGAGGAAAUAGCCGCUCACUCCCAGCUGAAACAGACCAUUGACUGCAUGACUGAGGCUCCCAGCGAGGAAGGUUUACGCACUCAAGUCGACCUGGGCUCAAACUUCUACGUCCAAGCUCAUGUGCAGGAUGUAUCACGUAUGUAUGUUAACGUUGGUCUGGGUUUCCACGUAGAGCUGGCACUCCAAGAAGCAUCGACAUUUAUCGACAAGAAACUCGGAAUUCUGAACGCAAGGCUGUCCGAGUCGACGAAGAAAUCGACUAAGAUAAAAGCCCAGAUCAAAUUUGUAUGCCAGGCGAUCGGGGAACUACACCAGAUGAACGAUAUAAUACAAACACCAAAGAUGACCGUGCCAGUUAGAGUUAGACAAAUUAAUUAUAAGAAGAUUUGGUUUGUUUCAAUCAGUAUUAACUUCAUAGUGUGGCUGCAGCCCCUUAUAACUGGCAAGUACACCGACGCAACAUUUACCUAUAUACCCGCCAGUAACAUCGUACCCGAAUUAGUCGGACUAGUGGGACCAAAGGAGAACGGCGAUCUCCCUUGGUGUCCUGUACUGUCUCCUCAUCUUCAGGCCUCCGUCACCUUGCUGAACAACAAUGUGGAGCCUCUCUCAGAUGAAGAAAUACUGAGGAAAUAUGACAUCCAAGCCGGUGGUGUGUGGAAACCUAAGGACUGUCAAUCGCGAUAUAAUGUGGCAUUACUUAUUCCAUAUCGCAAUAGGAGUCGUCAUUUACAGCAGUUCCUGACGUAUAUGCAUCCAUUCCUCUCAAGACAACAGCUGAACUAUAGAAUCGUCGUAGUUGAACAGACAGCGGACGUCGCCUUCAACCGAGCCAAACUAUUCAACAUCGGCUUCAAAGAAACUCUUUUCAAACUGGAUCAAGUAGAUUGCUUCAUAUUCCACGAUGUUGAUCUCCUGCCACAAAAUGAUUAUAACACAUACGCCUGCACCCAUUACCCGCGACACAUGUCUACCGCAGUUGAUACCUUCAGAUAUCACCUACCAUACCGAAAUCUGUUUGGAGGAGCCGUAGCCAUGCAGAAACUCCACUUCACCAAGGUCAAUGGCUUCAGCAACAGGUAUUAUGGAUGGGGAGCUGAAGAUGAUGAUAUGUACAACAGAAUUAAACAAGUAGGGUUAACCAUUGUCCGCUUCGACCCGAGAGUGGCCACUUAUGUCAUGUUAUCCCACGUCACUCUGCCACCGGCGGAGGACCGCUACGAGAAGCUCAGGCACACUAUAGACGUCAGUGAAGAUGGUUUGUCCAACCUGUCCUAUCGUGUUGUGAAAAAUGACACAAAACCUUUAUAUACUUGGAUUCUUGUUUCAUGCUGACUAUUUUAAGUUAGUAUAUUUCUUCCUUAAUAACUAUAUCAGGUUAUAGCAUUAAGUGUAAUAUAUUGUAAUUUGUAAAAAAAAAAAAAGUAAAGUAGUUUUAGAUUAAUUCUGAGUUGCUUUUUGCCAUGAUAGGUAUUUCAGUUUAUGUAGUCCAGUUAUAGUUGUAAGUGAAGAGAAUCAUGUCUUACAUGCUUUCAACUUGGGGCUCACAAAACAACGCAAUAAGUGAGAAGUGGAAACCCAAUCUUACAGUUUCUCGGACACGGAGAAAAGAAAUUUGAUUACUGUAUAGAACACAAGCCGUUUCCCUCACAAGUUCAUAUGAUAACAAAGAGGUAUUUGGGGAGUUAAUGAGCCCCAUCAAUGUUUCUGGAGCUAUAGAUAAACUUUUUGACCUGUGGGUGAUUAAUUUCUGGUGUUUUAUAAUUAGUAGGUAUCCAGUUGUGUGAGAAAUUACUGUUUAGCAAUAUUUACCAUCUGCCACUGACAUCCUUGUGUGAUCUGGGGAUAUCUUUCCACCUUGUCCAGGAGUAAGGUGAAUGUGAAGCGUAAACUGUGGUGUUGUCUUAUUAUGAGUCGACGUAGAAUUGAUCCUCUGGUUGGCCCAAAGGAAAGCCUAACUCUCCCACUACUUGUGUCGGAGAAGCAGCGGGACAUCUAUUGGUACUGCGUCUUUGUAUUCAGUUUAGUAGAGUAGAGGAAAACCUCGAAUUAUGACGAUUCAACUUACAGAGAUUCGUAUUUAAAACCCUGGUUAAUUUAAGACCUGAUUCAAUUUACAUUAUUAUUUUAUUCGUAUUUAUGAUGAAAAUAGACAAAUAUAAAUAAAAUAAAAUUACAAUUACUCAUAAAUAAUUACUACGGUAGUGAAUUAUAUUGUAAAAGUAUAUGUACUGUAGUUUUUAUUUUCCAUUAAUUUUACUGUUUUAAGGAAAAGAAGGUAAAAAGCCACACAAAAGAUAUGAAAAGGUCACACUCGGGAACUCAUUUCAUUAUUACUUUAUUUCGAUGGUAAUUAAUGAUUCACAAUACGACUAUCAAUUCACCUUACACCGCAAUAAUUGAGUAGACGACGUCGGUUAGUUUUACAAAAUAACAGAUUCCAGAGUUAAGUGUUGUGAGGGAGAGCCAUGGUUGUGUAUAGGUGUUGGGAAGGUGUGGGAGAAACAAAAGAAUAACAAAGGUUAAUAUCUGCUGUUCUAGAGGGACAGUAAAUGAUUGUUAAAGGUUUACCAAGAUAUUAUUUCAUCCAUUAAUAAUCUAGAUACGUGUACAAGUUUUCUUAGAUCGACAGUAGCGUAUAUUAAAAAAAUGCAUAAGAUGAUAAAUUCUCUAAAUACAGAUUAUGUAGUACUUGUAUAUUGUAGUUUGUGUUAGUAUUUUCUUUCACUGUAUGUUAAUGAUUUUGUUGUAGUAAAGUGCUCAUAACAACAUGAUUUUGAAUGAUUACAUCUGUUAUGACACACUACUGUUGCAUAAUAAAACUUUACCUACCUA